AUGGCCAGCCCUCCGCCCUUAGUCCUCCUUUUGGUCAUCCUCCUAUUCCUCUAUUUAACGCCUGAUCCUGCGAGUCCCGGCGAGUCUCACCGACUUGAGCGCACUGUCGACCGCGAGCGCGCCGCUCUCGAAACACUGAACAACUCCACGUUUGGAGACUUCUAUCUUGAUGGAAAGGAGGAUAAAUGGUUGAACCUGACUGGGUUCAGGAAGGAGCAUGGCUUACAUUGGAGCUUGUUGGAGUCGGUUCGCAACAAGGCUAGACAACAGACGAGAUAUGUGCUAGGAGAGGAUACGGUUGGCUUGAUCGACGGAAGCAGUACGGCUUAUCCUGCGGUAUAUCACAACGUUACCGGCUUCAUCCAGGGCACUUGGAAGCGUACGGCGAACUAUGACGGCCCGCAUUUGAACCUGUCCGCCAUCACACCACAUAACACGUAUUCCUCGGAGGAUUGGAAUCGCAACGUGAGCGCAUUAAAUGGGGAUAUCAGGAUACAUUUCAAGGAGAAGGAAGACCCUAAAGAUGUCUGGAAUGACUCGGUCCGUGCCAUUAAUGCGAGGAUAACGCUCGGUGAAGACACGCCGUACGGGAAUUGGUGGGAAAUGCGGCUCCUAGGAGUGCACCUGGUAGACACUGGAGCUAUCGUGCUCACCACAACAAGUGAAAAAUUUGAUGGCGUUUUUGGCCUCCCGCAUCUUGCCCUUUCCAAACACCAGUUUGACCUCAGCAAACAACUCUUGAAUCACACUCUAAAUACGACCAUUGAGAAGCAAAAGUCUGGAGUGCUCGAGGAUCUAAACCCAUGGUCAUCCGACAUGGAGGGGGAGGAGCUUUUCUCCGUACCGCACUGCGAGUACGUUAUGUAUCUCCAACAGCAUCCUAUGCAGCUCGGUUCGUUUGCCAAGCAAGAUCCGGCUGGAAGCAUCGACGCAGUGAAAGCGCUGGAGGAUGAACUGAGAUUCCCUUACAAGCCGUUUCAUGGCACUGCCCCGGAGACGGCCAUGUCUAUGGUUGCUUUCUCCCCGGAUUGUGGAUUCACAAUCGAAUCGCAAGGCCCGCCAGAUGAACCUCCUGUGGAGGCAAGCCAUCUAAAGGGGCCUAAGACGGAAAGCUAUGUCAUCAGAGCUAGGCACCAUGUCUUGAUGUAUGCUGGUGUUAUAACCACUCAGUUGUUGCUUCUUCUACGACAGAUGAAGGAAGCAUCAACACCCUCUACACGGAGCCGCAUCAACUUCCAUACUCUUGGUUUACUCGCCAUGGGCGAUGGAUUUACUCUGCUCGGAUUUGCCCUGUUUGGUAUGCAGGUGGAGUCGACAACUCUCCUUCUGCUCGCUGUAGCAUACGUCGCAUUUUUAUCCGUCAUAUUCUUUGGCAUGGGAUUCAUGAAGGAAGUGUGGACGGUACAAGCAACGGAGCGUGAACGAGCUCAGAGACAGAGCGCUGUGUCCACAAAUGCCACACCAUCCCCUGCACCCACGCAGCCCGGUACCGGUACGCAGACUCCCUCUCAGCCAAUUGCCCCACCGACUAUCACUCCUGCUGGGGCAGAUUCGCUGCCACUGCCCGUCACUGCGCGGCAGGCUAUCAACAGCGGAGCGACGCCCAUCAUAAUCCCGUCAGAUCAAGAUGUCGACGCGGAAGUCAAUGAAGCACAGGCGAACGCCAACACAACUGCCAAUCAAGCCCGGAAUCCUCUAAAUGGGUUCGGGGCAGUUUAUCUUCGUUUCUACCUGCUACUUUUUGGCCUCGUAUUUCUCUCUCUCCACGCGACCACAUGGCCGUCUUCGCUUCGCUCGACGUACAGCAACAUCAUCACGUUCAUCUAUUUUUCGUUCUGGACUCCGCAAAUCUAUAGGAACGUCAUGCGUAACUGCCGCAAAGCAAUGCGCUGGGAGUUUGUCGUCGGCCAGAGCGUCCUGCGCCUGACACCUUUCGCUUACUUCUACGCCUGUUCCAGCAAUAUAUUGCUCAUCAAGCUCGACCUGCGCUUCCUGGCCGUUAUCUGCGGUUGGGUCUGGCUACAGCUAUGCGCGCUCGUCAGCCAGGAGCACCUAGGCCCACGCUUCUUCGUGAAAGAAAGCUGGGUUCCCCCAGCCUACGACUACCACCCUGUAUUGCGUGCCGACGAGGAAGGCGCGACUUUGCCAUCGGGCGGUAAGAUCCUUGCGGGCGAAGAGGUGACGGCCGCGUCUCCGACGGCGACGGCGACGACGGCAGGCGAGUCGAGGGACAAGGGUAAGAAGAAGUUCGACUGCGCCAUCUGCAUGCAAGAUCUCGAGGUCCCGGUGGUUGCGGCCGGCGCGGGCGAUGCGGAAGGAAGUGCUGGCGCGGGCCUUGGUGGCGGGUUGCUGGCCAGACGCGCUUAUAUGGUUACGCCUUGUCGCCAUAUCUUCCAUAGCCAGUGCUUGGAGGGCUGGAUGCGGUAUCGACUGCAGUGCCCGAUCUGUAGAGAGGUUCUUCCGCCUUUGUAG